AUGCGCCUAGAGUCCCAACCACAAAUGUCGCUAACCUGCUACGCCAUGCUCCAUAACGCCACCAUCCUCGGCAAAAUUUUCACACACCUCCCCAUGCACGAGAUCCUCACAUCCACACAACGUGUCUGCCGCCUGUGGCGCAACGUCGUGCGCGAUACCGACAAGAUUCAGAAAGCUCUUUUCUUCCGGCCGAUGAUGGAUAAAGCGCUUGUCUAUACACCCAACGAGAAGGGAACGAGCUGGUUUGGACGUGUGGGGAGAUCUGCUGAGAUUUUCGAGCAUCCGUUGGUUUCGAGGACGGAUACUUCGUUGAGGAAGUAUUACAAUAAGACCAUUGGCGGGAGGGAAGAUGCAAGUUGGAGGAAAAUGUUGAUAUCUCAGCCGCCAGUCAGGUGCUGCGUGGUGAGUAAAUGGAACAAAGGCGAAAUGGACGAGAAAUUCAUUGUGGCGAGAGGCUCUGGUGUCACACUCGGAGAAAUCGUCGAAGCGUUCCAACAGGACAACAUCUUCUACAUGACGAUCCAAGGUUACCAGAUGUGGCAACCGAUCUGGUGGACGAAGGAGGCAACGUGGCCGUUGCUGGAAAUCGGAACGAAGGGGGUGAGGAGGGGAAAGUGGAGGGAGGCGAAGGCUGAGGAUGAUUUGGUAGAGUUGGGGAAGGAGAGUCUUGUGGCGGCGAACAGGAGCAGGGUUAGUGCUGAUAGGAAGUUGACGGAGAGAUAUCAAGCGAAGAAGGCGGCUGACGCGGAGAGGAUGAAGGGGAGAGGGUCUUUUGGGAGUAGUAGGAAGAGCGGAGGCAGUGUAGAAUGA